AUGAAAUUGUCGUCAGUUUUCGUUCAAGGUCUGCUAUUAUCAGGUAUUAUGGCUUCACCAAUUGCUGAUUCUAAAAAUUCCAAUGAUACUGUUGCAGUUGAAGGUGGUUCACCAGGUACAAAGCUUUGUUUUGAUGCUAACAAGAGUGUUUUCUGUUAUGGUAAUAAUUAUGAAAAAUGUGUCUCAAAAUUGAAUGCAAGUAUUCGCCCUGGACAUGGUAUACCUGAGAAUGCUUACAAUUAUUGUAAAUUUUGGUGCAGCAAAGUUAAAAAUAUUGAUGAUUGCAGAACUAACAAGAAGAAAUUUGAUUAUCAUCCAGAUUUUGCUUGUGGUAAAGCAAACUAUUGUUAG